AUGGCGUCCGAGGCGGUGCAGGCCGGCGCCUCUUCGCCGUCGGCGCUGGUGGAUUUCAUCGCAGGUACGGCUGCCGGCAUCGCGUCGCUGCUCGCAGGCCACCCUUUCGACACCGUCAAGACACGACUACAAGCCCAGCCUGCCGCAACACCACCGACUUCAAGCUCGGCUGUCGAGUCUUUGCGGCCGUCGCUUGCGGGAUCUUCGCAAUUCGUCGGCUCGUAUAGGGCGAUCCCCACUUCGGGCGUGCUGAGCUAUGCGCAUGUCCAGUCGUCGGCCGUUGCAAGUGAAGCCGUUUCGGUGCCAAUAUACCGGUCUGCCACCGAUGCCUUCCGGAUGAUCAUCAAGGAGGAGCGGGCCGCUGGGCUGUACAAGGGCGUUACGAGCCCGAUGCUCGGGGUGGCCGUGAUGAACGCGUCGAUAUUCGGGCUGUACUCGAUGUCGUUGCGGUACCAGCAGCAGCACGGGUAUCUGGAGGGCUAUCCGAUCACGCAGGUCUUCGUCGCCGGAAUGCUGAGCGGACUCGGGAGCUCGCUGAUCACCUCGCCGAUCGAUCUGGUCAAGAUCCGCGAGCAGAUGAACACGCACACGCGGCCGAGCACCUGGCAGGUCUUCCGCGACGUUCUUCGCAGCGAGGGGCUCUUCCGCGGAGUGUAUCGCGGCUGGUGCACUACGGCAGUGCGGGAUCUGGGGUACGGACCUUACUUUGCGUCGUACGAGAUGCUCAAUAGCCAGAUCAGGGCGUAUACGGACCGGCCGCUGUCGAAUGUAGACAUGGCGGUGAGUGGAGCAGUCGCGGGUGUGGUAGCGUGGGUAAGCACCUUCUGGGCCGACGUGAUCAAGACCAAGAUCCAGGCCACUUCGGCGAGCGACUACCGCGCCGGAAGCUUGUUCUGGACCACGGCGAGACACACGUAUGCGCAGGGCGGAUGGAGAGCCUUCUUUGUCGGUGUAGGCCCUACCAUCCUGCGUGCGCUGCCGGUGAAUGCGGUACUGUUCGUGACGUACGAAACGACCAAGCAGAUGCUCAUCUCACACGGCUUCUGA